AUGUAUGUUAUUCUUCUAUGUGGUAAUGAUAUUGAAUCGACCUUGUCUAAAAAUCAAUUUCGAUUUUUCGUUAAAAAUGUUGCUCGUGUUUAUCAUUCAAAUUGGCGAGAAAAUUUUCUUGAAACAAAUCCAUAUGCUAAAAAUCGUUUUAAAUUAACAAAUUCAAUAACAUAUUAUAAUUCAUCUGAUUUUAUAUAUCCAAUGAUUCUUACUGUUGGUUCAUGUCUUGUUCAUCGAAAUCUUAAAGUAGCUCGUGAUCGUUAUAAUUUAUCACUUAUUUAUGUUGAUAUAUUAAAUAUGGAACAUGAUGAAUUACCUUCAGAUCGAGCCGAUGAAAAUCGAGCAACAGCACGAAUUGCUUGUAAAUAUAUUUUACAAUGUGUUCGUCAAAAAUGUUUAUUUAAUCGAUAUUUUAUUGAAAAAAUAUCAGAGAUAAUACAUAUAGAAUGGAAGAAACGUAAUCCAAAUCAUAAACAAAAAGAAUUAUUCGUAUCUUAUGCUAAUUUACCUGAUACAGAAAAAACUAAAGAUCGAAAAGCUGUAUUAGUUGCUUGUCGUUUAUUUAAUGAACUUUAUUUAUAUUAUUGGUUUAAUACAAGUUCAAUUCAUUGUACUGAACGUAUUAUUUAA